UAUAGGACGGGCAUCACACGGAGGUUUGGCUGCAGACUGGUCGGGAUCCCUUUCGCCGCCUCGGUCGCUUCAGACGCAUCAGGUCCAGCAGAGAGUCAGAGACGACGCUCGGCAUCACGACAGAGGAAAAGGGGGAAAGCGAGACGGAUCGAGACGCCCACAGAUCCCGCAGCUCGGUGGCUACAUGCUCAGCUCUCUUCGGCUUUGAGAAGAACAACCGUACGAAUCAGCAGGAACCAUGGAUUUCGUAAUGAAACAAGCUCUAGGUGGAGCCACCAAAGACAUGGGUAAGAUGCUGGGUGGGGAGGAAGAGAAGGAUCCGGAUGCAGCCAAGAAGGAGGAGGAGCGGCAGGAGGCGCUGAGGCAGCAGGAGGAGGAGAGGAAGGCCAAACACGCCCGCAUGGAGGCAGAGAGGGAAAAAGUACGACAGACCAUCAGGGACAAGUAUGGACUGAAGAAGAAGGAGGAGAAAGAGGCGGAGGAGAAAGCAGCCAUGGAGCAGGCCUGCGAGGGGUCACUGACACGUCCAAAGAAGGCGAUCCCGAGGGGCUGCGGAGAUGACGAUGAGGAGGACGAGGAGAGUAUCCUCGACACUGUCCUCAAGUUUCUGCCCGGACCUCUACAGGACAUGUUCAAGAAGUAAAAGAGAAGCAAAUCAAACGAACCCUAAGUUCAGGGUCCAGUCUGGCCUGGGCUAGGCUGCGGGGCAAAGGGAGGAGGGGAUCUUUGUGUCAGGGACUCUGGGUUGAGCAAACGUUGAAGGUUUGGGGAGAGGAAAAACUGGGGGACUUGAACUGGUUGGGGUAUUUGUAAGCAGGAAGGGUUUGAGUUUAGAUUUGGGGCAUGUAGAAGUUGUUGGGAUUCGGGAGGAGGGUUCUUGCCAAACUGUUAGAGGCUACACACUGCCUUUCUAGAAAUCUUUUACUUUCUUCUUUUCUACUCCUCGACGAUUGCGUCAUUCUUCCCCCUUUUAUUUGCCACAAUUUGCUGUACAACCUUUCAACUGCCACUUAGCACAUUUCUUACAAUUAGUAUGUUUUUUGUCCUUUUUCUUGUUCUUAUUUUUACACCUGUUCAGAUAAGACAUUUUGAUUGGUUGGCCAUCAUCUGUUGGUGACCAAUGCAGAACAGUAUUCCCUUAAAAGAAGGGCAGUUGACAUUUCUGUCCUCUUGCCUCUGUGGUUUUUCAAAUGGCACUGCCACCAUGUUUUCCAGUAGAUGGAGCAUGUUUUGUUAAUUUCAGUGGGUGUUUUCUACUUUUAUGAACCUGGCGUAGGUCUUUAUAUUAAAAAAAAUAAAAUAAAAUCAGCAUUUGAGUUUUUAGGACAUGUGCCUUCAUAUCAUCUCCUCCAGCAGAGGAAUUGUAAAUGAGGGUUAUAUUUUAAGUCAAACAGGUGUACAGUUGUUGGUCGCAUGCAGGCACGUAUUCACAGAUACAAAGAUCAGACACUUUUGGAAUAAUGUAUUUGAUAUUAGUUUAGCUAGCUGGUGUAUUUUUGGGUUUCCAAAAGUUCAAACCAGGGACUUCUGGAAAUUCCAAAGAUUCGAAGGCUUAAAAGUCUAAAAACUACUUAAAAACAUAAUCCACUGGCCACGAGCUUCCAAAGAUCUGAUUGCUGAAGAAGGUUUUAUUUCCUGCCUACUUUCACAUCUAGUUUUACAAAAGCUAGACUUUCUAGGCCUGUCAGCUAGUUAGACUGCCAUCAUGUGAAAAAAGUAAAACACAAGAUCUUGAACAUGUCGAGAAUUCAUAUCAGCAUAUGAAUUUAAAAUCAAGGUAUCAUCCAUGAAAGCAAACAAGACUCUUUGUACCUUGUUUGAAUCCCAUUUUCAAAAAUAAAUCACUGCAGUUUUGUCGGAAAGUACAGAUUUAAACACAGCUCAAAGUAAAGGUCGAACCGAGUCAUCAUGAUUUUAGGUAGUGUGGUCCCCAUUGACAAUCAAAGCAUUAACCAUUGGGAAACAGUUGGGGUAGCUGGUACUGUACAUGUUGUCAUUUCCUGUCAUGCCAUCCAUGAUUGGAUAAAAGUGGGUUCUACAUUAAGCACUUGACUAACUGUUGCUUUUAAGUGGCUCUUAAUUUGAACUAUUUAUUCAUACUUUUUUUCCUUUUUUUCUACUUUACAUAUAAGUGCAAGCGCAAGACAA